AAAAAGCUUCUCUCUCCCUCUCUCACAUUCCAGAGUAAGAUUCAUCAAAAUCAUUAUCACUGUAAUCUUUUCUCUAUUCCUCUCAUGGCUUCUCUUCAUGAUGAUGGUGAAGUUGGUUUCGAAGAAGGAAAGCUCUUGCUACCCUCUAAUGUUCUGGACGAGGCAUGUGACUCCAGCAACAAGAUUCAUAAGAGGAGUCACCAGAAAUAUCAGCAACCAGGUUAUCACAGAUAUCAAAGGGAAACACAAUCACAGCGCUCAAAAUUUACUGCAAGAUCAUCGUAUCAAAGGCCUAAACAUGCCACAGGUGGGCCUGGAAUGCAAGCUGUUUUCUUAGUUUCGGGACAAGGAUCAUGUGGUGGUACUGGUGUGUUCUUACCCCAAAAAGCAGGCACAAAAUCAACAAGAAAACCAGCAUGUGCUCCAGUCCUCCUUCCAGCUCGAGUAGUUCAAGCUCUAAAUCUAAAAGUACACCAAUUAGGCAUGCAGAUUUCACCUUCUCAAGGUCCCAAAUAUGGCGAAAGAAACGGAGAAGUGUACAGAAGUGAGUCAACAAAGAAGAAAAAUUAUGAAAAAGAGGGUAUGAAGCAAUGCAGUGUUAUUUCUCAGAGUCAAAGUUGUUCUCCUGAUAUAUUUCUUCCAAAGGAAUGGACAUACUAACUGGAUCUUCAUUUGCUUAAUGCAACCCAAAAACACACAAAAGGAGAUCAUAUUGUAAAUGCGUUGCAUGCUCUGAGUUAGAAACAAAAUCCAAUCAUAAAUCCGGGUGUUAUACAUUCCUUGUGCUGCUGUUAUGCUCAAUAUAUAGAAGCUCUCCAUGUAAUGAUUAUUUAUCUACAGUAAAUAAAAAAAAAGCACAAAG